UUAACGCGACCGUUCAGUUUCCCGGCGGACUGAAGCGAGUUGAGACGCCGAUAGUCCGCUGUUUCACGUCGCUGAAGCCACCUAGAUCGAUAACCGAGGCUCGCAAGCAAAUACCGUAGGGUUUCCAUUGUGAAGAAAAUUAAAAUGCCAUUUCUGGUGAUACAGACAUGAUCAAGCCCGUUGCCAUUGUUCUACUUCAGACACAAUGUCCAGAAACACCCAGGAUCAAUACGGCGCCUUAUUAGUGCAGCAUCUGAAGUCAAUCCUAGAAUCUGGACUGCUUCUGGAUGAGGACUAUGAGGUGCUGUUGCAACGCUGCAAUUUCCAAGUGCGCUCAUCCCACCCAAGGCGACGCCCCUGGGAGAUACUGGCAGGGGGCGUGGCCGCCUUGGUUGCUUGGAAAUGCCGCCAGCCAAUCAUAGCCCUGUCCGCUCUGGCUGCUACUAUUGUGUCCAUCUGCCUCCAAAGAAGAGACAUCGCCAGACGCAAAAGAAGACGGGAAAUAAUCGACUGCGUCCUCAAAAGCUUCCUCAAAGGUCGCAAACUAAACGCCGGUGUCGUGCGCUACUUGAAAAUGAGAAAAAUCGAAGACUUUGGUGCGCACAUCCAGGAAUUUCUAGAACACGUUGUCGGACUAAAUAAGGAACACUUCGCUUUGAUGUUGAAGAACAUCGACCUCCUGGUCUGCGCUCAGCAGGAACUGCAACAGGACUUUGUAGAGCUGCAGCAGCUGGACCUUCACUCCCUUCUAACUCUUGAUGAGCUUCGCGGGGAAAACUAUCACAAAUUUGCCGAGCGAGUGAACGAUAUUGGCACUCUAUUGACCUCAAAGUACCUCAACUAUUUGGGUCUCACUCUUUGCGAGUAUCUAUCCGACCCCAAUCCAUCUGUCGUAGAGCGACUUUGGGACCAGCAACUUCCCAGAGUGAGGCAACAGCUCGAUCAACUCCAUACCGUCCUCCAAAAGGAGUUCAAUAACCUCAGAUACAAUGCGGCUCAAAAACUGGAAAUCACCUCAGUGGUCAGCAGUUACUUUGGGCGACAGCUGUCCGGAAAGUUGCAGCAGACCGUAAUGGGGGCUAUAAAUAAUCUUUCGCUUAUAAUGGAACGGUCCCGGACGGUUUUGAGCAAAGUGCAGGAGAUCGACGACUUGGACGACGUGAAAAAGUUGGAAACCACUUUAAGUGAGCUGCGCUGCCACGCUUUGGACACCUACGAGUCUCUAGACGUGCUUUGCAGGCUUUGCGGCAUUUUGUCUCAGUCUAAGCCGCAACAUGUUUCCAUUCCAUUGGGAAGCGACAAUAAUCAUGGAAAAGAGUCACUCGAUACCGUUCACUAUGACGACGACACCGAGGUGGUUGAGGAGGAUUUUGAGCUGUUUAUUCCGGCAGGCCAAGAAGUAGAACCAGUGGUGAUAACAGGAGAGGGAGAAGAUCAAUCGAGCGCCUAUUUGGGGUUGAUGCUCAAGGAGUUGCAGCAGUCGUUACAGCAGCAUGAGCGCUUUGCUGCCGCUAGACGCAAACGAGUGGGGCCAAUGAUCGAAGUUCACCAUCAAGUAGAAGAGAGAGAAUUGCCCAAAUUUGAUCUCAACCAAUUAUCUACUAAAACCACCCCGAAAUCCACACCUAUUCCAGCUCCACGUCAACUGACCUCUAGUGAAGAAGUAGUUGAAAAAGUGCCGCCUCCACCUCCGCCGGCACCUCCACCCCCAUUCCUACUCCCAGAGGCCGCUGAAGGCGACAAAGGAAGCCCCAAAACUCUGCUUGAGAACAUCAGAACUUUGUCGUCGCAGUUGAAGGGUCGAGAAGAAGUAUUUGGAGACGAUGCGGACUAGUGGCCGUAAAAUGAGGCCAGGAUUGCAAUUUUUUGGCAAUGAAAAUUAUGAUAAUUUUGCAAAGUGCUACAGCUGGUUAUUUUCAGCAGCAAGUAUCGAUACAUCGAUUUUAGACAUUUAUUAUUUAAUAUCCGAAUAAAUCAGGCAAUUUUGAUAGUCA